UGAAGUUUCAAAAAAUGCAAAUGCAUUUAAAACAACCAGUCCUAAAUUUUCUCAGAUUGAACAAGCCCUUGGAAUGUGGAUUGGUACUGCUGAGCAAAGGCAACUUAUUCUUAUAGGAAAAGUAAUUUGCCAGAAGGCUCUUGAGUUUGCAGCAUUGUUAGGAGUUUCAGAAAGUGAUUUUAAAGCAUCUGAUGAAGCAGAGAGUGCUCUGAUAGAAUUUUUGCCCCAAUUUCGUGAAGAGCUAAAAGAUUUCUUAAAGUUAUAUGAACCCCGAGACAUUUUUAAUGCAGAUGAAUGUGGUCUGUUUUAUUGUAUGGAACCUAAUACUUCACUUCUAACAUCUGUGCGAAAGGAUGGUACUGAAAAAAUCAAGCCUCUGGUUAUUAACAAGUCCUGUAUGCCAUUGGCAUUUCGCUAUGAAGAAAUUACAUUACAUAAUCAACUUCCUGUUGAUUAUUAUCAUAAUGAAAAGGCAUGGAUGCAUCAAGAUAUUUUUAAG